AUGCUGCAGAUCCUGUUUCUGGCACUCUGUGGCCUGCUGACCCCCACGCGAGGUGACCCCGGGGCGCUGCUGCGGCUGGGCAUGGACAUCAUGAACCAGGUGCAGAGCGCCAUGGAUGAGAGCCGUAUCCUGGAGAAGAUGGCAGCCGAGGCCGGCAAGAAGCAGCCGGGGAUGAAACCCAUCAAGGGCAUCACCAAUCUGAAGGUGAAGGACGUGCAGCUGCCUGUCAUCACACUGAGCUUCGUGCCUGGGGUGGGCAUCUUCCAGUGUGUGUCCACCGGCAUGACCAUCACUGGUAAGAGCUUUAUGGGUGGGAACAUGGAGAUCAUCGUGGUUCUGAACAUCACUGCCACCAACCGGCUUCUGCAGGAUGAGAAAACGGGUCUCCCCAUGUUCAAGAGUGAGGGCUGUGAGGUCAUCCUGGUCAGCGUGAAGACCAACCUGCCCAGCAACAUGCUGCCUAAGGUUGUCAACAAGUUCCUGGACAGCACUCUCCACAAAGUGCUCCCUAGCAUGAUGUGUCCAGCCAUCGAUGCGGUCCUGGUGUAUGUGAACAGGAAAUGGGCCAACCUGAAUGCCCCCAUGCCCGUGGCUCAGAUGGGCACCAUCCAAUAUGUCCUGACUUCCAUGCCGACCACCACAGCCAACUAUCUCCAAGUAGACUUCAGUCCUGUGGUGCAGCAGCAAGAGGGCAAUGGCGUCCAGCUUGCGGAUGUGGGAGAGGCUCUCGAGUUCCCUGAGGGCUAUCCUGCAGGCUCCUCCCAGCUGCUGCUCUCGGCCGCCUUCCUCACCACAGAGCUUGCCCUUCUGCAGAAGUCCUUUAAUGUGAAUGUCCAGGACGUGAAGAUUGGUCAGCUGCCCCCACAAACCACUAAGACACUGGCUGGCUUCAUCCCUAAAGUAGCUAAGGCCUAUCCCAAGCCGAAGCCCUUGGUGACCCAGAUCAGGAUUAACAAGCCCCCCAAGGUCACCAUGACGACAGGCAAGAGCCUGCUGCACCUCCACGGCACCCUGGAGAUGUUUGCGGCUCAGCGGCGAGGCAAGGCUCCUGUGUCCCUCUUUCUCCUGGAGACCCACUUCAACCUGAGAAUCCAGUACUCAGUUCAUGAGGACCGGCUGCAGAUGGUCACCUCUCUGGACAGAUUACUGAGCCUAUCACGGGAGUCUUCAUCGAUUGGUGCCUUCAACGAGAAGAAGUUGACUGACUUCAUCACUGACUAUCUCCAAGAGGCGUAUGUCCCCGUCAUCAAUGAUGUGCUCCAAGUUGGGUUCCCACUUCCAGACUUGCUGGACAUGGAUUUCAAUGCGGCGGAGCUGCACAUAGUAGAGAAUGCCCUGGUGCUGGUGCUCAACAUGAAGCUGGACUGAGCAGGGCAGGACUUGCCCGCACACUGCUGAUGGGCUGUGUCUUCUGGAGGAGCCCCCAGUUGGAGCCAGUGGGCCUGGCUCCCUUCUCACCAGGGGACACCUCCUUUGACAAGGAGUGAGCAGUGCAGGCCUGGGCUGGGCCUUGGCAAUAA